GAUUCUCGUGUUGCCAGUGAUUUACUAGGGAAUUAUCACUUCUUCACCCUUACUGUUCUGUGGUUGACAGUUGAAACCUUGUAGCAGCGUGUGAGCGUCGUGAGCGUGUUGUGCAUCGAUUAACAGAUUGUAGCCGAACCAAAGUAAAAAUGAACGAGAGUUCUUCUCUAAAUGAUUCUAAGGAUUCAGAAAAGUCGCUGUGCGAACUGGCAAGUCAUGAAUUCGCCACAAUCAAAGAGACAAUUACCUUUGUGGACAAGACCUUGUUUAUCAAAUGUCUCUUAAGUGAUACUAGUGAAAUAGUACUACUAACGGCGCCUAGAGCUUUUGGAAAAACUACCCUCAUGGAUAUGUUGAAGCAGUUUCUACUGGGACAAAAAAGUUUAUUUGAGAACCUAAAGAUUUGUACUGAAGAAACACAAUUUUUUUCAAAGCACUGCAAACUUCAUCCUGUGAUACAUAUUGAUCUCGGGAGUGUUCGUGGUAGCAGUUUUGCUGAAGUUAAGCAACAAUUGGCGUUGGCUAUAAAUUAUACAUUCAGAGAACAUUCAUACCUGGUGAAGAAGACUGAUGAUGGUACUUUAGCCUGGGCAAGCGACAAGUUGAACAUUUCUAACUUAAAAAUAGCAAGUUUUGAAAAAUUUUGCGAUAGAGAAAAGUGCAUCAUGUUAAGGGAAGCUGAUUUGAAACAUAGCUUAAACUUUUUAUCAGAAGUAUUACAUACACAUUAUGAGGAAGAUGUUUUCGUACUCAUCGAUGAGUACGAUGCUCCUGCGGUAGGCCUGGUAUUCGAGUCUUGUCCGAAUAAAGAUGACAUUGGAUUAAUUAAUGAUUUUUUAAAAGAUUUCAUGGCUAAUACGCUAAAAUUCAAUGAUUUCAUAAAACGCUCAUUAAUUUUUGCUUGUGUUCGGUUGGCCGGAGCCUUCUCAGGGGAUGCAACAAGAGUUAUAAAACAUUAUCCGUUCCUAAGUGAUCUUCGAUACGCACCGUACUUAGGAUUUACGGAUGAGGAGGUAAAGCAGCUACUUGAGCUUCCAGAAGUUAAAGCUGCUUGUGGGAAAGUAACAUUCAAAAUAAUUACGAAAUGGUAUGAUGGAUAUAUGGUAUCUAAUAGCCCAUUGAAAAUAUUCAGUAGCUGGUCAGUCUUGAAGCUUUUGGAAAGGGUUUAUAGAACCGGUAGGCUCAAAUAUUCCUCUUUCUGGAUUGAUACAGGUCAUGUAAGAAAUCUGGGGAAGCUGUUUGCGGAACCUUCAGUUCGAGAAAAAAUUGAGGAACUUAUUUCUAAUGGUGAAGUUAAGAUAAGAACAGUUAAAUCGGUGAAUGUCGAUCAUCUAACGAGUCUAAAGGAACUUAUUUGUUUGCAGUUUGAUGAAAUAUCGGAGGAAAAUGUGGAGUUAUUUUUGCAAUUCUUGGCUGAUUCUGGUUACUUUAAUAUAUUGUCAAUUGAUAAGAAAACAGAUGAAAUUGAAACAAACACCGAAGAUGAAGAUAUAGAAGAAUGGGCUGAUUUUGAAAAUGACUCGACAUCUUGUGUUUUAAAAAUACCUAAUUUUGAAAUUAAGCAACAUGUCCGCAACCUUUGCUAUAGUGAAGCACUGGCAGUUAUACAUAAAUUCCACUUGACCGCUAGAUCUGUUAAAAAUUAUGGGAUCAUGAACGAAAAAGAACUUCAUCACAUCUUGUAUACUCUGACAUAUAACUCCAGAUACUUCGAAACACACAGUGAGGUCCAGAUCAAGAAAAAAAGAAAAGGACCAGGGAUAGCCAAUACCCUAGAUGUGGUGAUAAUCAGUAAGAACGUUGGAAUCAUUUUUGAAUACAAAAUGUAUUCCAAGUCUGCAAAUGAAGCUUUACAACAAAUUUUUGAGAAGCAAUAUUACACUAAAUUUGAUGAACCUGACUAUAAACACAUUUCAAAAAAGAUUUACGCUGGUUUGACAUUCGAGCCAGAGGAGAAGAAAGUUUUUAUAACAUAUCAAGUUGGAACUGAAGGAAUAAGUAAAUCUGUCUGUAGUGAUACACUAUUAUAAUUUAUUAUGUUAAAAAAAUUAAUACUUAUUUUAUUAUUCUGCUAAUGAUUUGUUUAUGGUGUUAAUAAUAAAAUUAAUAAUUAAAUUUCCAAA